GUAGAAGCGAGAAAAAAAUUGUUGGUGGCUCGUGCAACGAUUCGAUAUCGACAAAUUUACCUACGGGGUGGUGUUGUAGAUCAACUCUCUUAAUGUUAAAACUGUUAUAGGAAGUUGUCGUACAAUGGGGGAGCAACCAAUUUUCACUUGCAACGCUCAUGUGUUCCACAUAGAUCCCAAAACCAAACGCACUUGGAUAACCGCAAGUUCGAAGGCCAUCGCCGUUAGCUUCUUCUAUGAUUCCUCUCGCAAUCUCUACAGAAUUAUCAGUGUUGAAGGGAGUAAGGCUGUUAUCAAUUCCACUAUUACUCCGAAUAUGACCUUUACUCAAACAUCCCAAAAGUUUGGCCAAUGGAGUGAUGUACGUGCCAAUACAGUUUACGGGCUUGGUUUUGCAUCAGAAGCCGAGCUUGGUAAGUUCAUAGUGAAGUUUCAGGAAGUGAAGGAAGCCACAAAGGAUGCUCUCAACAAAGCAUCUGCAAACGGUAACUCGGCUGCAGCAUCGGCCAACGCAUCGCCUAUAACGGCACGUGCAUCGGCCAAUAGUGGCGAUAUCUUCGAAUCCGGAAAUUUGGAACCACCACUGGCGCCGGCAAGCAGCAUUUCGACGAGCUGUAAAACCGACAGUCCAUCGCAUAACAAUAUCACUGAGACGAAUGCUAACAAUCUGAAUAAUGAACUAAAGCAAUUGUCAAUUAACAAUUCAACAUCGAACGAUGGCACGGUAACUUCGACGUCGGAGCAACAACUAAAAUACGAGAACGAAAGAUUGAAGCUCGCUCUAGCGCAAAGUUCUGCUAAUGCUAAAAAGUGGGAGAUUGAGUUGGCAACAUUGAAAAGUAAUAAUCUACGAUUAACGAGCGCUUUGCAGGAGUCCACGGCAAAUGUCGAUGAGUGGAAACGGCAAUUGCACUCGUACAAGGAAGAAAAUCAAAGAUUAAAAUUACGCUACCAAGAUCUGGAGGCGGGCAAAGGAGGAGCUGUUCCAACGGCAGGUGGUGCGAAUGCGUCCGGUUUAGCUUCAAAUGAGCUAACCGAAGAGCUAAGGCGUGAGAUUGUGUCUCUGAAGUCCAGGAUUGAGGGACUGGAGAUAGAACUUAGGAAUCAAGAAUUGGAACUGAAGGCAGCAAACAAAACGCUCAAAGAUAAACAAAACGAUCCUACCCUUAAACAGAUGACUAAUCUGUGCAAUCAGUUCAAUGCACAAAUAACUGAACUAAGCGGUAUUCACAAGGAGAUGGAAAAGUUGAUUCAGGUACAGCACAAAUCUACUUGAGAUAUGAAUGUGCCAAAAGCAGCAUCGAUGGCCAUUAGUAGUUCAACCGUAGAAUCUCAAUCCUCGACAUCGGUCGGCGGCGGUUGUAAUCCGAGCAUGAAGGUUGCAUCUCUUCCAGGAAAAAGUGUAGCUACAACUAAUAGUAUUUUCAACUACAGUACCAACAAUAAUAUACCACCAAUAGGAGCGAUAGAGAACAUCGCUGACAAGCAGCAAGAUGCAAAUGUGGUAGCGAAAGAGUCAGUAUCGCCGGACAAGCAGUUCCAUGGCAGAGGCCCCGCUUUGGCUAGUGGCGCAAGAACGACGGGGUCCACAAUUGUUUUAAUCAGCACAAAAAUAAGUAAUCCAUCUGCUACGGCGACGAUGAUGGGUUGUGGCACAAUGGGGGCAACGAUAAAAACGACCGGAACGUUGUACAACAUUCCUUCUGCUUCCCCUGCUGCGGUGACCACCGAUUACAGCGAUUCUCGGAAGCUGUCAAUGAUUUGUCAAGAAACGGGCAAAAAUACUGGUGACGAGAUUGACGGACAGUCCGAGAUCCAAUCCACUAGUAAAACCGCGACCAUACUGGUUUCGAAGCACAAGACCAAGACCGGACUACCUUUGCUAUUGAAAAAAUCAAAAAAGUAACAAAAUGAUUCUGAAGUGCGGACUAGAUAUGCCACAAAGCAACAUUCAGAACUGCUUAAAUGCUUUUUAUUUUCAAUAUCAAUAUUAUUGCGCUGUAGCAAAUUUGCAAUUUUAAUUGAUAAGUUUUUUAAGUACUUUUUACUACUUAUAUAAAUUAUGAACGCAAAAGCAUCAUCUAUGUACUGAUUUGAUGCAAUAUAACUUGUAUUGUUAAUAAUCGGACAAACUGAGCGGAUGAGGUUUGAAACGGUGCAAUUUUCGCUAUAGAAACUUGCCACUGAUAGUCUCCCAAGUAUUGGAAACCGAAACCGAUAAUGUAUGUUAGGAGGAAAGGCAGAACGCUCAUCUCAAGUGCAAAUUUUAAAGUAUUUUAGUUUUAACAAGCAUGAUUUUAAAAGUUUUACAUUAAGAAAGGUAUUUUAUUUUCGAUUCAGUAUUUCACGUACCACAACACAACCUAUGGAAUAGCAAUACAGGUUUUCCUUCCACAAACCACUCUUAUCAUCACUACAUUCCACAAACGCCAUGGUUAUUGCCAAUUAUUUUACACAUAAUCUUAUGGAGCAUUCCAACACAUGCUGCACGCACCAUAACUCUUUUCACAGAUAAAUCUCAAUAUGCCGUAGUCUGAUAUGCUUAAUUUACGUUACUGCCUUAAUUAACGUUAGAAGAAUCAAUCCUUCGCGGAUCAAUGCAACAAAUCAUAUAGUACCGUUAAAAAAACGCCAAAGAUGUUUAUGUUAAGUCUUUUUUUAUACCAGACAAUGUUUGCCAACUACAUAUAUCAUGGUUUUUAGUUAGUGGAUAGUUUUUUUUCCCAUUUCUUUCAUGUAUGCUACAUCGACAAAACGCGUAAACUACAGACAAAUCCUCCCCCUAAAUCGCCAAUACGUUUUAAAACCCCGAGGAAAAAGGUAUAUAAUAGCGAAAUGAUGAUCAAAAUGUAGAUGAUAGUGAUACUAAAGAAAAGUAUAGUAAAUGAAACACAAAGAGAGAUCGUGAGACGCGAUGGAGACGUGAAGGAAGAAAGUGCUAUAUGAAAGAUUCGUUAAGCAAAAGGAACAGUAUUUGAACAUAGAGUUUAAUAAGUACAGAAGAGCGAUUGAGCCCGCGACGGAAGAGAGGUACAAGAAGAGUAGGAAAAAGCUAUAGCAGUUGUUAAAAUGAUACACUCCACUCUUGCGUACGUAACCCUAAUAGAAAUUCUGCCUAUUACUGUGGUACAAUUUAUCCAUUUAUUACUAACUAAUCUUAUGAUGAUACACGGAUCUGAUAAGCCCCCGGUAUUGCUUAGAUGCUUGCUGUACCCACACACAGUACAUCGUAUGGGAUGUAUGUUAGCAUCGGAUCUGCAUAUUACAAUGAAUGAAUGAAGAAUCCCAAUGUAACUAUCAGCAUACAAGACACUUGAAGAAAAUACGCACGGUAGCGCAGAUCAACCACGGCCGGAACCUGCUGUUCAGUUACGAUGCUUUCUUUCCGAACGAUAUUUCUCCUAUAGCAGUUGCACACAGGAUCCUAGUCUGUAUCGGCCUCUUUAGUAUCUCAUGCGAAAGUUCGUGAUCGUGAUCGGGGAAAAGUAAUACUGCUAAUUAGAUGUUUGCAAUGUCUAGAUCAUACAGUCGUUUCGACAGGCGGGAAAGUUGAGUGUUGAUCAAAUGGGUCCUCCCUUUAUACGGUAUCACUUAGUGGAAUGUGAAUCUGAAUGGAAAGUAUUUCUUGAUCAUAUUAGCAACAAAAAAAAACUGCAACACGCACAACCAUAUAACGAGUUAGUUAUAAAACAUCAGCCUCAAACAUCCUGCUACACAAUGUGAUACGUUAUCAGUAUCCUUAGUGACUGGCUCUACCCAUACACUGAUUUUAUGCCUAUUAUCACAUAGCGUUGGAUACGAAGAAAAUGGAUGGGAUAGAAAAUCAUACAUGGAAAUUUGCGUGUUCAAGAUGAAUGAUAGGAGGUCUUACGAAAGCAUGUUACAGCCAAGAAAAUAUUUAAAUACUAAAAAAUCAUAUAUACACAACCUAUAUUCCCUUGGGACGAAACACACACACGAACCACAGCUGGAAGAGGAAAAACCCAUAUUAAAAUUAAAAAAAAAACACACUAGGGAACUCUGGUAUAAGGUAAACAAACAAACGAAAAAUAUGUUAUUGAUAAUGCGCAAAAUACUCCUUUUUACAAUAAAUCGAAAACCUGUUUGUCUACAGUA